CUCCGUGCCAGGACUGGAAGGGCUAUUUAAAAACAAUUAAUCGAAACAGAACCGAGCAAUUGAGUCCAGGCCUAAAUUUCCAUCGAAAGAAGAUCCCUCGAGCGCUCUCCACCGCCCUUCCCCGGCAUCUUCCGACUGCCAACCUGAUGGGAAAGGACAAGGAGGGCAUGGUUCGCUUUCGAGUCUUUUUCGAUAAUCAUCGUCUUCUGAACAACUCCCAGCUUUCCGAUGGACUCGGCCGCUGCUGGCUUCUCCUCAAACCCAGCAUCGUUACCUUUGCCGACCUCGUUUCCCACCUACGUGAGAAGUUUGCCCUACGGAAUCGCCAAAUUCGCCUCGUUCUCUUGAUUGAUGAUUUUGUCUUACCACCAUUUGAAUCAACAGGCAUCCUCAAGGAUAAGGAUUUAAUCAGGGUUAAACUGAAGAAUGUUAAACUGAAGGAUGCUUUGCUGCCUUGCCAUAGUCAAAAUAUUGUACAGGAUCCACAAAUUGCAAGGUCACAUGGGUUUUCCUCCGACAAUAAUACUAUGGAAGAUGAGAAAUCUCAAGCAAAUUCGCAGGGAAAUGUGAACAAUGAGAAUGCUGUUCAUGACGGCAAUUUGUCUCUUGGCAUUGGCGUGCUGAAGCAGAAGAGAAGGCAUUCACUUGAAUUUCAUAAUUCAAUGAGAAAGAGACAGAAACCAAACUGUGCUGAAAAGCAAUUUACUAAGGCAGGUGUUCAAGAUGUACAUUCCAGGCAAAAUACAACAUUGUGUCAUGUAAGUAGCGACUCCAAAAUGAAAUUGCCUGCCCAAGAUUAUACACAUGAUGAUGGAUUGGUGGUUUCUCUACCUGUCUCUGAAAUAACCCUUGGUGAACCAUCUAGCUCUAUGUCUUCUAAAGAGAGGCAACAAUCUGAGGGAAUCAACAAUGUUCUUGAAUCUGAGCCUCAUAUUACUUGUGAUGCGACUAAGAAAUUUGCGCAAUCAAGUUCUGCAACCAGUAAUAAUGACCAAAAUCAAGGAAGAAAUUCUUGUAGAUCAGUUCAUGAAAAGAAGUCGGAAAAUCAUGCAUGGAUAGACAGAAAGCCUGGAGGAGAUUCUCCUGACCUUAAAGCUAAGACGACCGUUGAACACAAAAUAGAUUUUGCUACACUCUUCCCACUGACACGAUCUCCUCUGAAAGGGGAUAUACUGGCAUACCGAUAUGUCGAACCAUCAUCAACGGUCUACCCUGUGCUUUCAUCACCCCAAGUUGGUAAAGUUUCAGCAUUUGAUUAUAAAUCUUCAGAAAUUGUAUUGAUCCCGGCUCCUGAAUUUGAGAUCUUCUCAGAAGAGAAUCCAAUGUCACCCACUUCACUGCGGGCGGCGUCCCCUUACAAAGAAGAUGGCUCGUUACAGAUCAAGCUCUCAGCACUUAUUGAUGUUCGUUUGCUGAAAGCCCAUAACUCAAAAGAGUUGGCAUGUUUGCCGGAAGGAACAUUCAAUCGAACUAAGAAAGACAAAUCGGACGUGGCUGUAGCAAAAAGCACUUGGAAUCAUUCUUCUGUUCACCGCACAGGAAGCUCAAAUGGCACUAAACCUACUUCAAAUGACAGAAGGGCUUCCGCGUCAUGGCUUUACGGCGCAUCGCCUGCAGCAGCUCUUUUUUGGGAGACCGUUGGAUCAAAAGGUAGUUUUGGUAAGGGUGGUAAAUGUUCCAGUUCAGGAAAAUACUAAGUAGCAGGUGUUGUGGCAUGGCUAUGAAGGUUACCCUGAUUUAGUUCAUUUUGCUUAUAUUCAUUCUGAUAGCUAGCGUCCUGGUUAAUUGUAUGGUGUUUUUUCUUUUGUACUAAUGGUCCUCAACUCUGAUAGAAUGCUCAUGUUUAUGUAAUGGUAUAAGUUAAACUAUUUUGGUAAUCCCUCUACUUUUAUAUGGA